AUGGUGGGCAAACAGUCGCCCUCUUCAAUUUUGGUGGAUGUCGCUAAAGAAUUAGUGGAGAGAUCGAAGAAUUCAAAUCAGGUACUUAAUUUAAAUCUUUCGAAUUUAAUUAUGCUGUUAAUGUUGAAAACGAUCGUGGUAGGAACGAGUUAUAUGGAAAAUAGUGACUAUAGAAGUCGAGAACUCGAAGAAGAAAAUAUUGUGUCAGAAGAUGAGAUAGCUCUCGCACUAGGUUAUAUGAUAGGUGAUACCUGUCUCUAUCGAGCAGCCUGUGAAGUACCAACGACAGCUAGACAUUAUUUACAAGCAAUCGAGAUGAUAACACAGACAAUAAAUUUAAUGCCACCAAAUCUUCGUCCUGAUAAAAGUUAUGAAAAAACAAUUGCCGAUUUUCGAAAAGCAAUUGAGUAUGGAGAAUUGAAACAAUGUCCACCUGAAUAUAGUUGUAAAAAAGACAACAUUAAGAACUUUCUACGACCUGAAUAUAAUUAA